GAUCUAAUCCGGUUGUGCAUUAACGUCGUGACGUGCUUAACGCUAAAAUCCCGUUAAUAAACACAUUGUCGCGUGAUAUACGUAUACAUGUAUAUUUCUAUACACAAACAUACAGAGGCUAUCAUAUAGGUAUGCAAUACAGAGAGCUAUACUACUAUAUAGUAUAUACAAGCGAUGCCGCGAUGGUCGCGCACGAAAGACGGAGAAAGCAGAUCUAGUGGAGUAGUGGCAGUGGCGCGAGGCUGCAAGUGUGUGUGUGUGCGUGUGUAUAUGAGUGCAGGUGUGUUGAAUCUUGAAUGCCGCUACCGCCGCGUCGAGCAAAAUAAUAAUACUCGCGGCCGCGCGCAUAGUGUGUCCGCGGCUUGCACAUGCGCUUUUCCGCAGUGUUGCUUAUAUGCUCAUAAGAGUAUCGUCAGCCAUCAGUAAUAGUGCAUGCAUCGUUUAUAUGCUCGCGUUCAUUUCGCCGUGUGUUAGCGCCUAUUUUUAUUGUGUGGAAAAUGAGCAUCGCCAGCAGUAGCGGGAGUAUUCGCGAGGAAUCGUCAACGACGCGGAUUUGCUAUUGGUGCGGAAAUUAGUGGAGCGACACCAAAAUACGAACAGAAACUGUGACGCAGUUUCGCCGUCCGUCCGCAGUUUUACGCUGUAUUCGUCGACGACCUCGCUUCUUCUCUACUGGAACAGCUUCUGCCGUAGUUGAGCACAGAGCCUCGACCACCUAAUUCCCCUCUCAAGGCGGCUCAAUCACUACAGUCCAAGUGUUUGCAAGACUUAUUUGACAACAUGCCAGGGCUCAUUGCUGUUAGUGAUUUUAUCGACGAGACCAGGGGUGACUAUAAUUCACCUACCACCUCCACAUUUGUGUCCAGGAUGCCACAGUGUCGACAGACUAUUGCUGCACUGGAGGAAACUCUAGAUUUUGAUAGAGAUGGACUCACAAAACUUAAGAAAGCAAUCAAAGCAAUUUAUAACUCAGGAAAUGCUCAUGUUGACAAUGAAAUGUACUUAGGUAGAGCUUUGGAAAGAUUGGGGGAUGCAGCUCUCAAAGAGCAAGAACCGGAUAUAGGUGCAGCAUUUCUCAAAUUUGCUGUUGUUACCAAAGAAUUAAGUGCACUGAUGAAAACAUUGAUGCAAAAUAUAAGCAACAUCGUAAUGUUUCCAUUGGACUCUGUAUUAAAAGGUGACUUGAAGGGGGUCAAGGGAGACCUUAAAAGACCUUUUGAUAAAGCCUGGAAAGAUUAUGAAGCUAAAUAUACUAAAAUUGAAAAAGAAAAGAAACAGCAUGCUAAAGAGGCUGGCCUCAUUCGUACAGAAAUCACUGCAGCAGAGGUUGCAGAUGAAAUGGAGAAAGAAAGGCGAUUAUUUCAGUUACAAAUGUGUGAAUAUUUAAUUAAAGUUAAUGAAAUUAAGACUAAGAAAGGGAUAGAACUUCUGCAACACUUAGUUGAAUAUUAUCAUGCACAAACAAAUUACUUUCAAGAUGGACUUAAAACAAUUGAACACUUUGGUUCUUAUGUGGUGGACUUAAGCAUGAAACUACAAAAAAUUCGACAGACUCAAGACGAAGAAAGACGUCGCUUGAUGGAACUUAGAAGUUUGUUAAGAAGCUCUGGAUGCGAUAAAGAGUUAAAUACAAAUACAAGUAGUGGAUACUCGCUUCAUCAAUUACAAGGUGACAAACAGCACGGUGUGACGCGUACUGGACACCUUUUGAAAAAGAGUGAAGGAAAAAUGAGACGCGUAUGGCAAAAACGACGAUGUUCCGUACAGGCAGAGGGAUAUCUAGAUAUAUGUCACGCUGACGAGAGCAAACCUCCAACGAGGGUGAAUUUAUUAACGUGCCAAAUUAAACUGGUACCUGACGAUAAGAGGAGCUUUGACCUUAUAAGUUAUAAUAGAACUUAUCAUUUUCAAGCGGAGGACGAAUCGGAUCAGCGGGCGUGGAUGUCCGUCCUAGUCAACUGCAAAGAGCGCGCUUUAUUGAGAGCCUUUGAUGCUAGUGGUAAACCAGAAGCGAAUCACGGUAAUCCUAGUUUAGUUGAACUUCAACAAGCCGUAAUAAGGUGUGUUAUGAGGUUACCCGGUAACGAUAAGUGCUGUGACUGUUCUUCACAAAAUGAUGCUACCUGGCUAUCAACAAAUUUUGGAAUAAUUGUAUGUAUAGAGUGUAGCGGAAUCCACAGGGAUUUAGGUGUCCAUAUUUCUAGAAUACAAUCGUUAACGUUAGAUAACAUAGGUACAUCCCAGUUAUUGUUAGCAAGAUACAUGACAAAUCAAGCUUUCAAUGAAGUUAUGGAAGCGAUGUUACGUCACAAUUUUAAACCUUCUCCCACAUCUACAAUGGAAGAAAGGUACGAAUUUAUUAGAGCCAAAUAUGUAGAUAAAAAAUAUAUCACGAGGACUUGUGUUAACGAGCAAGAUCUGUUAUCGGAUCUGGAGCAUGCUGUAAAUAACCGAGAUUUACAUCACUUGUUACAAGUUUAUGCAGAAAACGUAGAUUUAUCGUCUAGUUUACCUACUUCGGACUUAAGUGAAACCGCCCUGCAUUUGGCGAUUUUGCGAGAAAUGGGGAACAGUCUGCACAUCGUAGACUUUCUGAUACAAAACAUGCCGACAGGUAGUAUAGACAAAGCUACAACAGAUGGAGAUACCGCACUGCAUCUCUCUGCUAAGCAUGACAAAGCAGAAGCUAUGAAAUUACUAUUAAGAGCCGGUGCCGAUCCGUCGCUUCGCAAUAAGCAAGGGAAAACUCCGCUAGACAUUGCUCAAGAAGUAGGUCACCACACAUGUCAAGAACUGUUGAAUCACGCAUUGCAGCGACAAAAGACUUUAUUCGAGAAUGUAAAUAUCGACUGGAAUCUUACACACGAGGAGGCGUCGACAGAUUUUUCCGAUGACGAGACUAUCAUCGAGGAAAGAAAUGGCUGCUCAACACCCGAGAAAAAAUUACGAAGUAGACCACCUUCGUACGCUGGUGGUACGGAUACAGGCAUCACUGAUUCUCCAGUGACAUUGCGUAGUCGAAGCAGUACCUGCGAUAGCUUACAGAGUGGCCUGUCACCAGGCUUUUGCACAAGCAAAGAACAAAUGCCACCACCUCCGCCUCCGCAAAUAAAAAAACCCGUCAUCGUCCCGACACCGGUGGUGCCGGACGUUUCGAUAAACUUUCACGGCUCACUGAAGAAGAGGGUGGCGCCGGCACCGCCGCCCGGUACAAUCCUUGACACCAGCGGGUCCGGCCAAGGUUUGCUGGCCUCACACUACGGCACCUUGCCCUCGGCCUCGCACGCCAGGACUACAAGUGAGCCCAUUUUCACUAGUUACCCUAGCGAUUAUUAUUCCUCAACUACUACUGGCUCCGACUACUUUCGUAAGAGUAUCGACAAGAUAGGUCUGAACACGUCGACGCUACAGAGGCCGCGGAAUCCGCCUCCGCCGGCGCCACCAACCGUCACCACAGCGGGCACUGGCGGCGCAGCGUCCGCAAAGCUGUCCGAUGAUCCGGGUGCCGAAGCCGCGGACCCUAGCCUUGGGAAUCCUCUGCCGCCCCCUAGAAAGCCGCCACCAUCGACGACAAGCUUCAACCUGCGUCGAUGUCGAGCGCUCUACGACUGCGAAGCGGACAACGAGGACGAGCUAUCGUUCCGCGAGGGCGACGUCAUAGUCGUGACGAACGAGCACACCGACGAUGACAACUGGAUGGAAGGUUUUCUCGAGCGAGCACCCGAGCGCCGUGGAAUGAUACCUAUCAGUUUUGUCCACAUGCUCCAAGAUUAAAAAGUUGUUUUUUCCGUGUCUCUCUUCUGUUUUUACAUCCCCAUUGCCCCUCGCCGGUCCAUCAUUUAUACUCUCUCGUUUGGCUAUUGUCUAUAACGCUGCCAGUAUUACUAGUUACGAGUUUGAUGUUGGGACACGUUUUUCGAUUGUGCACCGUUCAGAGUGAAAGAACAGUGAGUAAGAGAUUAUAGAGCAAGCAAUCGUGUUUUUAAUUACCGAUAAGCCCCUAUCACAUACGUUCAAAAGAUUGAUCGAGAUCAUUAUGUGAACAAUCUGUUAUUCAGUUCUGUUAUUCUAUUUUCUCAUAGCAGUGCCAUUGUCGAUUCUUUAUUUAUACAUGCAUAUAUUUUUUUGUCUUUCUUUUCGAAUUCUUCGAUCAUGAUGUCGUAUCUGCUGAUAUUUGGAGUAGCCUUAGUAUGUCGAUGCUAGUGAUUUUUAUAAUUAAUUUAUUAUAUAAAUAUAUGAUAUAUAAAUAUUAUAUAUAUGUAUGUAUGUAUGUAUGUAUGUAUGUAUGUAUGUAUGUAUGUAUGUAUGUAUGUAUGUAUGUAAAUGUUUUUGUUAUGUUCAUACAUCACCUGUAUCAAAAUAUUGUAACUUUUUUCCUGAUAUAUAUUUAUUAUCGAAAAUACUAUUUAAAUUUAGAUCGCAUGUUGUAAACAAUUUAUUCUUUUAAUGUAAAUGUCGAGGUGUAUUAUUAAUUACGAUUAUUCAAUAAUGAUUUACUUGUACUUUAAAAACCAAUAUGUCUUUGAAUAAAAAAGACUCACUUUAAAAAAAAAUGUAAUUUAAAAAAUUUAGCACACUACUUUAGAUACGUCAUGUACUGAAAAUCUUUUUUUAAGAAUGCUUAUAAGGUAAUCUACUUACGACUUCACAAUACAUCAAUCAGCAUCCUAAAAUUUUUUACAAAUUUUUUUACCAGUAUUAGAAUACAAAUUUUUAAUAUUUUCCUCUUUAAUGUAGUGAAGUUAAGUUCUUAUUUAUUUAUUAAGAGAUCAUAAGUAUAUUUCAGUAAUAAAUACCAAAAAUUACA